UGUUGCAGGAUACAGCCAGACCAGAAAGAGGACAGCUAGGUGCCUCUGUGGGGCUGAAGCAGAUCCAGCGCAGUGGGGCAGGAUGUGCUGGAAAAGAAGUUCCGUUCUUGCUGGCUGGACAUUUUGCUGAAUCCAGCAUAAAGUCACCAUUUGACAGGAGUGACUUGCGGCACCGGCGACAGAUCCUGCUGGUGGAACCUGGAGGAAUCAGCCUGGCAGAUGAAAACAUGAGAUCCGCUUAUUUUAAAGGAGGCUUGCAGGUCUCGAUGUGGCAACAUUUCGGAACCCUCGUCCUUCCGGUGAUGGGUUUUCCAGCUUAAAAUAAUACUUUCUACGCUCUCUGUGGAGAUUGCCUCCGGUGUUCAACGCCGUCGGACAAAAUGGCUGCCGAGCUGAGGGCCGGCGGAGUGAUGAGUUUCCCUUUGCAGAACGUUCUAGAACAUGAGACGAUCCCUGGCACGAAACUGAGGGAGGAAUCCCAAGCGGGGCUUCUGGAAUCCGAAGGGGAACGGGUGGUCCCUCGCGUCAUCCAGGUUGGGACCAUCGGGGAGCUUCUGGGCUGGGUGCCCCCCCAAGAGUUGACGCAGGGGUCUGAGGAGGGCUUGGCGCAACGCUGGGAAACUCAGUGGCAGGAGGUCCUAAAGGCCGUGCAGCCCUUUCCCUCCGGGUGGGGAAGCCAACAGCCGUCAAAACCGUUGCUGUGGGGCUCUUGUGAGGCCGUGACAGUUGCUGGCCAGUGGCCCAGCGGAGAUGGAGUCGCUCAGCUUCUGGUAGGCAGUGGCAGAGGAGCUCCAGCAGCCUUUAGCAAUCCAGCCGCUGGAGAAAACAGGACGUCGGAAAAAGAGGCCGUGGGAAAGGACGACACUAGCACCGAUGCGCGGGGCAGACAUUUCGGGCAGUUUGGCUACCAGGAAGCCGAGGGACCCCGAGAGGUUUGCAAGAAGCUCCGGGAGCUCUGCUGGCAGUGGCUGAAGCCAGAGAAGCACACGAAGGAGCAGAUCCUGGAGCUGGUGAUCUUGGAGCAGUUCCUGACCAUCCUGCCUCCGGAGAUGCAGAGCUGGGUCAGGGAAUGUGGCCCUCAGGCCUGUUCCCAGGCGGUGGCCCUGGCCGAAGAUUUCCUCAGACGCCAGCAACCAGAGGCCGAGGUGCCGGGGAGGCACGAGGAGGAGGUGAUUGUGGUCUCCCCUGAGGCCGAGUGGUCGCCGUUGGAGGGCAGCCUGGGUCCCAACUCACUAGUGAACCUUGAUGGCUAUGCAGUCUCAGCUGGAGAAACAACUCUGAAUGGGAGCAAGCUGGGUCCUUUCCAGAGAGGAAGUCCCAGGCAACCGGUGAUGCUCGGGACGUUAUUGGGGCGGCCUGGUUCCCUCGAAAGCAGCUGUGAUCUGGAACAGGAGAAUGAGACGGAGCCACUCGAGAGGUGGGACGAAGCCACGCUCUGCAGCGAAGGGGUCUACGAGACUGUUGUGCGCUUGGAGGAACAUGGCCACUGGUGCCUCGAAUGUGGCGAAAGCUUCCAGGAUUCAUGGCAGCUGGAUAGACACCAGAAGACCCACACUGGCCGCAAGCGUCCCGAAUGCCCGGAAUGCGGCAAGAGUUUCCGCGAUAUCUCGCAUGUCCUCCGGCAUCAGACAGUCCACACCGGAGAGAAGCCGUAUUCCUGCUCCGAGUGUGGGCAGAGUUUCACCCAGAAGCCGGCCCUCAAUAGACAUCUCAGAAAACAUCUGGAAGGAAAGAACUACACAGGUGUAAGCAUCACUGUCCGACCCCCGAAGACCCUUGUGGGCCGCAAACGACCCGAGUGCCUAGAGUGCGGGAAGAGUUUCCGGGACAUUUCGCAAGUCCUUCGUCACCAGACGGUCCACACGGGAGAGAGACCGUACAGCUGCCUUGAGUGCGGACAGAGCUUCACUCAGAAACCCGCCCUCAACAGACACCAGAGGAAGCACCUAGAAGGCAGCCAUGGUGCAGGUGAUGGAAAAGUGUCUUCAAGCCAGGAAAUGCAGCCAGGAUCCUUGCAGCCCAGCCCGUCAGCGACAUCCCAAGAGAGCGUUGCUGGCACCUUCUCCAGUGGAUACUGGCCAGCGGGGGACUCUCCGUGGGGAGCCGUCCCAAGCCGGGUUGUGGCAGUGACCAAAGCUCCCCGAAAAAAGCCGAACCGCAGGGGGCAAAGAAACCACUGGUGCUUCCUCUGCGCAAAAGGCUUCCGGGACAAGGCGGACUUGGUGAGGCACGAGAGGAUCCACACGGGUGAAAAGCCCUACUCGUGUCUGGACUGCGGGCGGCGGUUCAGCUACACGUCGAGUUUGUACAAGCACCAGCUCAUCCACCGGCAGCCCGUCAAUCCAGAGUUGAAACCGGUGACGGAGCAGCACUUAAAUCGUGGGCAAAAUGGUGUUGCGCACCCCCAGGCGGCUGGGGAGGAGGGGGCGUUGGGCAAUGGCGUGAAGGUCGAGGACUGCGAAGGGGAGCCUUACGCUGGGAAUGUGGUGCUGUUAGUAGGGGCGGCUGCAGAGAGGUGAAGAGCAUUUUGACAUUUUUAACAGGCAGAGUCAAAACCUCCUGGCUG